AGCUGUUCAAUUCCCCACCGCUGGUAAUCGGAAUCGGAUCCUUCUUCUUCUUCUUCUUCUUCUUCGCUUCGAGUGAGUGCUCCAUGCCUCGGCUGCCAUGGCGCAUUGCCAGUACAGCGCAGAACGCAGUCCGAAGAGGACGUGUGACGCGAGCUCUCCCAGGCCGUUCUCAGUCAGUGUUCGAUGCAGUGCAUACUUCCUUCCAGCCAGCCGCCUGUGACGGAAGAUACAGAAGAUGUCAUGUCGCGCUGAUGGAUUCCUGACAUGUAAUCUAAACUCCUGUCGCGAGUGUCACUGUGCGAAAUGAAGAUAUGUGUAACUUUUAGGGAAGCAUGUGCCUCACGUGCCAAAUUGUGUUAGUGUAGAUUGUGAGGUUUCGUUUCGCAAACUGCCACGAAUUGAAGUGAGCGCGAGUCAAGAUUAUGAACCAGAUUAGAGGAAAAACCUUCCCUCGCGUAUUCUCUACAAGAAAAAACUUUUUGGAAAUACUAUAAUACUGGGCAAUUAAGGAUUCUACGUACGGGUAUCACGAAAAGGCACCGGCCGGGUAUCAAAGUCGUGCCUUUGAGUUUAUUCUGGGUAUGGCUUUAAACUAUUGCCGUACUGAAAUGUAUUUAGUUGUGCAGAUGUCGAUACACAGAUGGUAACGUCAGAAAACAUUUUAGUGUGGUGUUGAGAACAAAGUUCGUGAAAGUUACUACGAAGAGAGAGAGAGAGAGAGAGAGACAUGUUGAAAGUAUCCAAAAGAAAAAUCAGUCAAGUAUGUGCCGCAUGUUUAUUAUUAACCUCUGAGUCCGUGACAUUUCUUAAAUUGGAUUAAGUGUCGAAGAGAGAUUAAAAAAAAAAGAUAACCUAAGGAUUCUUUUUUUCUGAUGAAUUAACCCUCGCAAGGACACUAUGAAACUUAUCCAGCACAAAACGAUAAGUUUGAAGGACUUCGUUUACUUCCAUUUUGAAGUGUAUCAUGCGAAGAUGAGGAUGUAGGAACCUGAAGAACGUGAAUGAACAAUAGUGAAAAUAAACAAACGAACGAGUGAAUGAAUGAACAAAUCCUCAAUUCAGAAAACCAGAGGUAGAAGAGGAAUAAAUAAGAAGGAACAAUUCUCAAGGAAGACAAAAAUCAUUUAAAAAAAAGACAAAAAUCAUUAAAAAAAAAAAGUAAACAUUUCCUCGAAGUUCUUCUCAAGGAAUAAGUAGGAACAAUUCCAGAAGGAAGACAAAAAGCAUAAAAAAAGACAAAAAUCAUAUUUAAAAAAGUAAACAUUUCUUCGAAGGUCUCUUCUCAAGUUCCAGCUCGUCGUCGUCGCCGUCAAUGUUGCAGGGAAAAUGACUGCUCUUUGGAAGUCCUUCCUCAUGAACCUAUUCUACCACUUCCUGCUGAUUGCUGGCGGGUCGUCUCUCCUGCCCCGGUCUCAGGCCGAAGAUCUAGUCCUGGUGAAUAAUGAAUACAAGGGACUUGUUGUCUCCAUAAGUGAUCACGUCCCCCAGGAGCACUGCAGUCAGUUAAUACACGGCCUCAAGAAUGUGAUGCGAGAAUUUUCCAGCGUCUUAUGGAUGACGACUGGAGGCCGCGCCUCCAUCCAUGAUGCGACGGUUGCCCUCCCGAGGUCCUGGAAGAUAGAAGACCUGUCCUGCUCCGAGAUCAUGCCCCUGAGCAUCGCCGCCAAGCCCACGAGUGGGCACGUCCGCAUCACGGCUUCCCAUCCAGUGUUCGGCUCCAGACCCUGGGCGCAGCAGAGCCAAGGUUGCGGGCGGCGGGGAGACUACAUCCAGAUGGGCAGCGACAUCUUGAAAGCCUCCUUCAACAACACGUACAGCAAAGUCGCCCAUUUGCUGAUGGCCGAGUGGGCAAAGUACCGCUGGGGGGUGUUCGAGGAGAGGGGGUACCCGAACGACGUGCUGUACCCCACGACGUUCCGCGACCCGCGCACGAUGAGGUUUCGGCCGAAUUCCUGCAACUCUCACAAUGCUAUGGCCCUCCCAUUCUGCUCUGAUGCCAUGCACGUCCCCGAGGCUCCUACCAAGCACAAUGCCCAGUGCAUAGGGCGCCCUGCUUGGGACAUCAUCCACCAGUCGCAGGAUUUUAUUUAUGGAAGGGACAGCCCAUCGAACGUGACAGCACCAUUUAUGCCCUCCCUGAAUUUUAUUCAAGAAAGCCCACCAAGGUUUGUAUUGGUUGUUGAAGACACGGCUGUCAUGGGCCUCCAGCAAAGGUGGGAGUUUGUGCGCAAGGCUGUCCGGAGAGUCAUGGUCUACGACGUUCCCGACGGCUCAUAUGUAGCAUUAGUCAUCUUUAAUUCAGUGGCCAAGACCACAGCUCCCCUGAUGAAAAUGGAGUCUUUGUCGGACGUUCGUCAGAGAGUUGGCUCCUCGCUGCCCAGAAACCCCUCGACUGUACCAGAAAGUCUGAAAUGCGUACUUUGUGGUUUGCAGGAAGCUCUCAGGGCGCUUGAAGGAGAUCCACUCAGGGCAAGUGGAGCAACAAUCAUCCUACUAACUACUGGAAAUGGAAUUGACAAUAGACGCGAAGUAGAUGAAAUGAUGCAGUUGGCCAGAUUGCACAAAAUACGAGUGAACACCAUCAUUUACCCGUUUAUAGAGCAGAAAGGUUUCUUAAACAAGGGAACAAGUCUUCAGUCCCUGGUAUCCAGCACUGGUGGAUCAUCAUUCACAGUCAUGGACGAAGGAGUAGGCAAUGAUUCCAAAGUAAAUAUGAUGGUAGCUCUCAUGGAAGCCCUUUUCUCAGCAGUGCGCCUGAGCUCUCCUGUUGUCUUCCCAGGUGGACCUGUUCUGGUACACAGCCAGUCCUAUUCAGGAGGCAUUUCUGAAAUGGCCUCUGGUUCUUUCAAUUUAGAUGAUUCUUUUGAUCCUGAUGUGCGGUUUUCCAUCUUCUACUAUGACCUUAACCAUGUUGGCAAUACCGUUGAACUAACCUCUCCAUCUGGAUACAGUAUAGAAUCAGUUAAUUUGCAGGAGGAUGGAGAUGCGAAUGUUAUAUUUGUUAAUAUCCCCCAAGCUGAGCGAGGGUUGUGGCAGUACCACGUGGAGAACAGAGCUGAUUCUCACCAAGGCCUUCACAUUCAAGUGGCAGCAACAGAGAGCCACGCACGGAAAAUUGGCCUUAGAGUUUGGAUCAGCCACAAGGAUAAUGCGAUCAACAUGACAGAUCCGUCAGCUCCGGUGAUUAUCUACGCAGAACUGAAAGAUGAUCUGGUACCAAUUCUCAAUGCCAGAUUAACAGCCAGAAUAAAGAGGCUUGGUGCAAACACCACCGGAAGCAUGAUUUUCAACCUCUUUGAUAAUGGGUUUGGAGAUCCAGACAUAACAGCUGGUGAUGGCGUUUAUUCAAGAUAUCUUCCAAUACUUCACGGUGGACCAGGCAACUAUGAGCUAAGUGUGAAAGCGGAUCAUAAUAAUGGUCAGGCACUUUCACCGUCCAAAGACGCCUUUACUAGAUCGCUACGGACACACAACUCAGACAUAACCUGCUGUGGAAGCAUAAUAGCCUAUGAGUACAUUAAACCGAUUGCAUCAUUUCAGCGGUCAGCCAUUUAUGGGGUUCUGAAUGUGGUCUCGCCACCUCCUGCAAUUGACAUAGUUCCUCCAACAAGGAUACUGGACUUGAGAUCUGUUGUUAACCUUACAACCCGUGAGGUUACUCUUCACUGGACAUCACCUGGAGAUGAUUAUGACUGGGACCAGGCUCAUCACUAUGAAGCUGUCCUUGCCUCUUCAUGGCUUGAAGCCAAAGCUUUUGAAGGGGAGAGGAUAAAAGAUAUGCCAGCUCCGGUUUUAGUCGGUACAGAGCAGUUUGUUAAGGUUCAGGUUGAUCAGUAUGACCAGCUCAUUUAUGUGGCGAUUCGUGGGGUAGAUGAAGCUGGAAAUAGGGGAGGUGUUAGCAACAUAGCUUCAAUUAUGGUUCCAGAACCACUGACGACUCCGGCAAUUAUAAUAAUCACUAGAACUCAAGCCCCAACAAUUAACCAGUCAAAACCUCUUGGACGUGAAGUAACUCAGCCAGUACGAGUCAGUGGGUUGAGUGUACAAGACAUGGGAAUAAUCAUUGGAUCCAUUGGCGCUUUUCUCAUUAUUGUAGCCAUCAUAGCCACCUACUGCUAUUGCCACGUCUCUCGUCAGCACACUCACCAGCAUAAAGAAGAGACGGAGAAAAAUGAGGGCAAUCCAAAUAUUUUGAUAAAAUCAAACUCCACUCUUAUGAUGGAUCAAGAUAACAGCCAGGAGUCAGUUAACAGUACUGAGAAGGAAGAGAAAGUAUUGAUAUCAAGAGAUGAUCGACCUCUUUCCCCUAUGCAGUCAUGGGCUGCUUCAAAACUGCUACAAGAACACGAGCGCCACAUCUCGGUAUCCAUUGGGCCAUCUAUGGAAGCGUCAGGAUCUACCAGCACUUACCUUCAGGAACCUUUCCCUGAUGUCACCCUGACCAAUAUAUUUCCGUACCCUAGUUCUCAGACCCCUUCCACGACCCACUCUGAUCCCCCGGCAUAUCAACCUUCUUAUUCAGGUGAAGAGUAUGUUCAAUGUCCUUACCCAUACCCUGAGUACAGCCAGGAAGAACUGCCUCCUUAUACACCACCGGCAUUUCCUGCACAUACUUCUCCCCCACCACCAGCAGCUUACACCCAAGAAAUAAUAUCUCAGACAUUCGAAAUGUCACAUCAGAGUGAACCAAAUAAUACCCAGGCUGAUAUACCGUCCACCAUUCCUAAAAUACCUUACUGCCAAAGUAAUCUACCAGUUAACGUCAUUUGCUCCAGUGAAGGUUCGUACCCCACUCAUGAAACCUUGCACAUGAAGGGCACACCUACAAAAGUCCCCCCUCCGGUAGCGCCAAAGCCAUCACCUUCUGUAAGGACAGUAUCUCUGGGUUCACCAAUGGGAUCUGGUGAGCCUAAACGUCGAAAUGUAACUCAAGUGUAAAUAUACAAGGGACCAUUUUCAAAGAAAAAGAAAAAUGUUGUGAAUCAUUGUCACAGCAAACUAGAGUUAGUGGUUAAAAUGCAGGCUAGAGCAUUUCUCUUGACUGUAUAUAAUUAUCAUGUCAUUGAAAUGAGCAACUUAAGGACUACAUCAAGUUUAGUCAUUAGUAUCAUAAUAUUCUAUGUUUAUAUUUUACGCAAUGAUCAAAAGAUGCUGCAUUCAUAUGAAGGUAGAGCCUUGAAAUGUGAGUUUCAAAGAAAAUAAUCAACUAUCACUUAAGAUUUUCAUCAGUAUUUCAAGUUUGAUGUGGGUCUCCUUAGAUGAAUGCUCGAAUCUGCACGUUAUCUACCAGCUCUAUUGUGCCACUAAUCUUAGCAUUGUAUCUAUCACUACCAUUGGCUUCAUAAGUAAAUGUGUUCUUGUUUUGUAUUAAUACGUAGUCUUUGUACAUACGGUUGAUGGCAUGUAACCGUGUCGGUGUAGAAAACACCCGAAUGUUGUUAAAAUGCCUUUUGGAGAGAGUCGCUCAAAUCUAGUCAGAAGUCAUGGUGGAAGAUAAUGCACAAGUCUCCCAAAUUGCUUUGGAUUUCAUUUUCUCAGGUCCAAAAUUGGACUGCAUCCCCUGAUCCAUAGUUUUGGUGGUUAUCUACAGGUCAAUGAAAAUCAUGAUGAGUUAAGUUUACCUUCUCUCAGGUGCAAAAUUGGACUAAACAGCCCCUAAUCCCUAGUUUUGGUGGUUAACUAUUGAGUACGUCAAUGAAAAUUAUGAAGAGUUUAGUUUACCUUUUUUUUUUCUUUACAUGUGAAAUGACAUCCAGCCUUAAGUAAUAUUUAAGAGAUGGCAUAAACUUUCUUCAAUUAUGUGAUGAUGAUUGAAAAGUAAACAGAAAUUAUAAAUGUACAAGAAACAGGCAACCUAUUUACAAUACUGUUUGCAUGUUUAUAUUCAAGAGGUUUUCGAGAAUCUAGAGUGAUCUUGAAAUUAAAGAUGAGGUCCAACUUAUUACCGGUUUCCUUGGCAUAUAUGUAUACAUUAUGUCAAGGAGAUACUGAAUUAUAACCCCCUUUGCUGCGAUCAUCACUCAUAACUUUAUGAUUUUAAUGGGAACAACUAAGCUGUAAGUAUGUGUAUAUGAAUGUGUGAUUUUGAGUGUGAAUACGGGGGGAGGCGCCCCUAUGAUUUUUUCUAAUUCUGUGAAAAUUUAAGUAUUUUGAGAUGUUUUGCGAUGUAAUACUAUAUUAAGGCCUCGGGUAUUGUACUGUAAUGUUUUUGUCUUUUUAUUACGAAAUUUUCAAAACGACAAAGUCAUCAAUGAUUUUCUAACACAACUCUCAUUGCACAACCAUCAGGGAUGCUGGUGCCAAUUGACUUAUAACACAUUAUACUUAUAAUACUUAUUCACCAAUAAUUUUAUGGAAUGUCAAUUGAAUAUGUUCGUUUAAGAUAUAAUGACAUCUUUUACUGUCGUAAUUCUCUUGAUGAUGGAGUGAUAAUUCUCCCGACUUCUGUUAAGCAGUUUUAAAGGUUAUGCAUUUCCAAACAGUUUUGAUUUGAAUUUACCCACUAUUUAGAAAACGUCAAAAAAAAAAAAAAAAAAAAAGAGAGCAAUCACAUUGGCAAAUACGCUAUUUUCCCCACUGAUGAUUUUUACUUUGUGAUUUUCACGAAUAAUGUAUUUUACUGGAGGUAAAAGUAAUCAUCAAUUCAGAAUCCAAUGAUGCAAAGCAUGACAUACGCAAAAGGACGAAAGUUUUGACAAAGGGAAGGGAGAGAAAGAACAUAUGACAUCAUCAUUAGCUCAGUCUAUUCUUACAUGACCACGUCAUCCAACGAUAUUUGUACCUCCCUCAACAAAAGUUGGACACCAAGAAUCCAUUCUCCACAGAUGGCGCGAGUGUUCCCAAGUCGGUGUUAAAUGUGCUUUAAAAAUAUUUAAUAUGAUAAUAUAAUAUUUUAAAAAUCUUUGGAUAUGACGUGUCAGAUCUAUCGAUGAAGUUAGGUGUAUACGGAAAAAGGAGGACAAAAAUAAGUUUUUAACUGAAGACUAAGAAGAAAAUGGGAAAACUCGAGAAUGUAACGAAUAUCAGAUUCGAAACUUCUAAAUUCAUAAAAAAAAACUCUUGCCAUUAAGACAGCUAAUACCUGAUAAAAGCUGGGACUUAGUACCGUAUGAGACUUAAGGAAAAUAAGGAAAAACUAGUCGACACUUUUUCAUCCUCAUCCUUCAUCCUUAUGCUCAUCCAUCACAAUUCUGCCUGUUUUUGUGUCGGUCAUCAACAAAUGAAGGAAAUGUUUUGCCAGUUUUGACGUAUAUAUUUUUUUUUUAAGUAUUUUUUUUAUACUUCAUCCAAUUACGCAAAUGCAUGUGCUAUUAUACAGCCAAUUCAGGAACUUCCAUUCAAUUUCAUAGACACACACACACACACACACA